GCCCUCGUGCCGUCCCCCUUCUGCCGCGCGGUGGUGGUCACCGCCCGGUCCUCGGCGCUUCCCCGCGGGCUGGCCGGAGCUCGCCACCCACCUGUCGCGCCCGCUUCUCCCCGGGCUCCGCGCCUCGCCGCUUCCCGCCCUGUUUCCCUCUUAAUCGGGCCCCACCUCUUAGCGUUUCUCCACGACUGUGUGGACUUUGUUUUUUAAACGAGCAGCCUCAGCCAGAGGAAGCCUUGUAUAUGGGCCCUUUAGUUUUUCCCCAUUUUUUUGGUGUCCCUUUUUGGAAAUUGUCUUUGUGUGAGGCGUUUUUUUUCUGUUCUCAACACGUUUGGCCUUCCAUAAACCAAUUUAUACGUGUGACCGCUGAGAGGAACUCAUUGAAAAGGUUUUGCCGUCCCAGUCUCUAAAAGACGUUUUGGCAUUGUGAUUUGGGAAGGGAGAUAUACACGGGUCUGAAUCAGCCUUACUGUGGCUACUCUGUCCAAGAGAACGAAGAUGCUUGAAGAGGGGACAGGGCACCACUUCCGGUCGUCGCACUGCCAGGCUGCUCUGUACAGGAAUUAAAACAACUCUACUUUUUUGUGAAGAUUGACUUUGCCUCAGCAGCAACAAACUCUUCAUCUAGGAUUGGGCUAAAGCCAGUUUUUAGGUUGGCUUGGGCAGAAAAGUGAAAAGAGAAUGUUCCACUUUAACCGAUCUCAGCAUCUGAAACAAAUAAUCCAGAAAUGUUUUUCUGUUAUACGUGUUAAAAUGGAUAAACAUGCACAGCUAUUUCUUUCAAGAACCUUUGCACUUGCAGAAUUAAGGAAGUCAUGUCACUCAACCCACUCUCUUGUUGGAGACAAAAAUAUUAUCCUGAUGGGACCGCCUGGAGCUGGGAAAACAACAGUAGGCAGAAUAAUAGGGCUGAAACUAGGUUGUUGUGUCAUAGAUGUGGAUGAUGAUAUCCUUGAAAAAACCUGGAAUAUGAGUGUGUCUGAAAAAUUACAGGAUGUUGGUAAUGAACAAUUUUUAGAAGAGGAAGGAAAAGCUGUGUUAAACUUCUCUGCAUCUGGAAGUGUGAUUUCCCUUACUGGGUCUAAUCCAAUGCAUGAUGCUAGCAUGUGGCAUCUGAAGAAAAAUGGAAUAAUUGUAUACCUGGAUGUACCUCUAAUAGAUAUAGUUAGUCGACUAAAAUUAAUGAAAAUAGAUAGGAUUGUAGGUCAGAAUUCUGGAACAUCUAUGAUAGAUUUACUUAAAUUUAGAAGACAGUAUUAUAAGAAGUGGUACGAUACCCGCGUUUUUUGUGAAAGUGGGGCUUCCCCAGAGGAGGUAGCUGACAAAGUGCUUAAUGCAGUUAAAAGAUACCAAGAUGUGGACUCAGAAACAUUAAUUUCAACAAGACACAUUUGGCCUAAAGACUGUGAACAGAAGGUUUCAAGGAAAUUCUUUAGCGAUGCUGUGACUGAGGGGUUAGCUUCUGAUGGUGGACUAUUUGUUCCCGAGAAGGAAUUUCCAAAAUUAAACUGUGGGGAGUGGAAAAGCCUAGUAGGAGCAACCUACAUAGAAAGAGCACAAAUACUAUUAGAAAGGUGUAUACAUCCUGCUGACAUACCUGCUGCCAAAUUGGGAGAAAUGAUUGAAACUGCUUAUGGGGAAAACUUUGUCUGCUCAAAAAUUGCCCCUGUCAGGCACCUUUCAGGCAACCAGUUCAUCCUGGAGUUGUUUUAUGGACCAACAGGAUCAUUUAAAGAUUUGUCUUUACAGCUUAUGCCUCAUCUUUUUGCACACUGUAUUCCACCAAGUUGUAAUUAUAUGAUACUUGUAGCAACUUCAGGAGACACAGGGAGUGCUGUUUUAAAUGGUUUUAGUCUUCUUAAUAAGAAUGACAAGCAGAGAAUAGCUGUGGCCACAUUUUUUCCUGAGAACGGAGUAAGUGAUUUUCAAAAAGCACAAAUAAUUGGCAGUCAGAAAGAAAAUGGAUGGGCAGUGGGUGUCAAGUCAGAUUUUGAUUUUUGCCAGACAGCUGUAAAAAGAAUUUUUCAAGAUUCUGAUUUUACUGGCUUUCUUACUGUGGAAUAUGGAACAAUCUUAAGUUCAGCUAAUUCUAUAAACUGGGGCCGACUGCUUCCCCAAGUAGUUUAUCAUGCUUCUGCAUAUCUUGAUCUCGUUAGCCAAGGAUUUAUUUCAUUUGGAAGCCCAGUGGAUGUCUGUAUUCCCACAGGAAACUUUGGUAACAUUUUAGCUGCAGUGUAUGCUAAAAUGAUGGGAAUUCCUAUUCGAAAAUUUAUUUGUGCCUCUAAUCAGAACCAUGUUUUGACUGAUUUUAUAAAAACAGGACAUUAUGAUCUAAGGGAAAGAAAACUAGCACAAACUUUUUCACCAGCAAUAGAUAUUGUUAAAUCUUCAAACCUGGAACGAUAUUUACACUUGAUGUCUAAUAAAGAUGGGCAAUUAAUGACAAAAUUAUUUAAUCAAUUAGAAGAGCAGCAUCACUUUCAGAUAGAGAAGAUUCUACUUGAGAAACUUCAGCAGGAUUUUAUAGCCGACUGGUGCACUGAAGGAGAGUGCCUAGCAGCUAUUCACUCCACCUACAAUACUUCAGGGUAUAUUUUGGAUCCACACACUGCUGUUGCAAAAGUGGUUGCCGACAGAAUGCAAGACAAAACUUGCCCAGUAAUUGUCUCAUCUACAGCUCAUUACUCAAAGUUUGCACCUGUUAUCAUGCAGGCUUUAAAGAUUCAACAAAUCAACCAAACUUCGUCAAGUCAGCUUUAUUUAUUGAGUUCAUACAAUGCAUUACCUCCACCACAUGAGGCUUUAUUAGAGAGAACAAAACAGCAAGAGAAGAUGGAGUAUCAGGUCUGUGCAGCUGAUGUGAAUGCCCUGAAGAGUCAUGUGGAAAAACUAAUACAAAAUCAAUUCAUGCAAGUUUCCUGAGUAAAAUAUUUUUUUCUGUUAAUAAGCAUGCAAUAAUAAAUCAUGAAAGUUGAUUUGGAGUAAAAUAACAUUUUUAAAAAUUUAAAUAUCUACGUCUAUAUUAUCUUUUGGAAUUUCAAUAGCCUAAUCUCUAGGACUGGACUUUGUACCUGCACAUGCUCUUUUGGAUCCUUACUCUUGAAGUGAUGAAAAGGUAGCAUAAUACAUGGCCCCAUGUGCUGUUGUGCUGUGCUUUUUACUCAUGAGGGAUACAUCGGUUUUCACUUCCUACCCCCACUUUUAGGUGGACCAAAAUGCCUGGUAUUCAAUUUGACAAUUAAAAUAUUUAAGCUCAGUUGUUUACUACAUCUAUAACCAUUACUACUUCUCUGUUGAUGAGAAAAAUAAUUUGCUGCUCAAAUGGCUAAUUUGUAUGGAGGAAGUAGUAAGCUUACCUACUAAGAGCCAGUGUUUUAACUCCACUGGGAAUCUAUUUGGGCUACAAAUCAUUAUGUAUAUGUCACACCAUCCAAAUUAGAUAAGUGCUCUGUCCUUCACUUCCCUUUGGAUGUUUAUAGUUAGAGUGAUGUAGCUUGAAAAUCAAGACACAUGAUUUAAAUCCAGGAUGUAAUAAUCAACUACUUUGUAGUAGAUUCAGAAAUAAAAUGACAUAUUUCAAGAGAAAAUUUUUCCAAAAUUCAGUGUAUUUUAAUAUUUUUAAUAGAAGUAUGUUUAUAGUUAUAGGUAGCAGUUCCCUGUAUUAUUUGGAGUCCAUUCCUCUAUAACCAGUUGUCUUUCUUUUCAAUGAACAUUGUCUUUUUUGAGAACUGAAACCACACACAAUUGAUGCACAUAUUUACUUUUUCUUUCUUUGUAGUAAUAAUACAUUUUAACCAUAUGUUAGUGAAUUUGCUGAAUGUUUUAUUUCUGAAUUAAAGGUUGUCAUUGAAAGGA